AUGAAUGAUCAGCGACAGUACUUUGUCUUAGGAUUCACGAGUAUAGUUGCAUUAUCUACUUUAUAUGCAGUAUAUAAAAUAAAUAAGGAGAAAAAGCGUUAUACACGUUUCGCUGAUGAUGAGGGAAUCGUCGUCGAAGACAAUCGUCAGAUUUCUGAAGGAUUACCUGAUUUGAUAGGAAAAACACCAUUGAUAAGGAUAGCAUCUUUAUCUGAUGCCUUGGGUGUUGAUAUAUUGGGUAAAUGCGAGUUCAUGAAUCCAGGUGGAAGUGUAAAAGAUAGAGUAGCACUUAAGAUUAUUCAAGAUGCAGAGGAACGUGGAGAACUCAUUCCACAUACAAAUUCAUGCAUUUAUGAAGGUACAGUCGGGAGUACAGGUAUUUCAAUCGCUAUGGUAGCCAGAGCAAAGGGAUACAAAGCUGCUAUCAUAAUGCCAGACGAUGUAUCCGCUGAGAAGUGUGACAUUUUACUCAAACUGGGUGCACACGUUGAGAAAGUCAGACCUGCUUCUAUAGUAGACAAAAAGCAAUUCGUUAAUUUGGCGGAGAUACGUGCAUCACAGUAUACAGAAGGCAUGGCGAAUGAGGAGCCUGGUAAUGCCAGUACACCUACGAUCGAGAAUGCAAAUGAUAUAAUGCUCACAAAGGAGAAGAAAAAGAAAGGAAAAGCUGUCGGAUUCUUUGCGGAUCAAUUCGAGCGUCAGAGUAAUUGGAAAGCUCAUUACGAUGGCACAGCUAAGGAGAUAUGGACGCAGACUGAUUGUGGUCAGUUUGAUGCAUUCGUCAGUGGUGCGGGUACAGGUGGUACUAUCAGCGGAUGCGCUACUUAUUUCAAAGAGCGUAACGAGGAUAUCAAAAUCGUUCUCUCAGAUCCUGAGGGCUCCGGAUUAUAUAACAAAGUGAAAUAUGGUGUUAUGUUUGCCUCGCAAGAAAAAGAAGGCACGAAGAGGCGACACCAAGUUGAUAGUAUUGUCGAAGGUAUCGGGAUUAAUAGAUUAACCGCAAACUUCGACAAGGGGUACGAAUAUAUAGAUGACGCUUACAGAGUUAGUGAUGAAGAAGCUGUUGCCAUGAGUAGAUACGUUAUGAUAAACGAUGGCUUAUUUUUAGGUUCAUCUUCAGCUUGUAACCUCGUCGCUGCUGUUCGUCUAGCCAAGACAAUAAAAAAAGGUUCAUCGAUAGUAACAAUAUUGUGCGACAGUGGUACAAGGCAUUUAAGUAGAUUCUGGGAUGAUAAGAGGCUUUCUGAGUUAGAUAUUAAAGUAAAGCAGGAUAUAAAUGAUAUACUACUAACAUAAAAAGAUGCAUUUUUACAAAAAGAAACUUAAGACUAAACUAAAACCUCUAAAACCUCUUUGCUUGUCUUCGUUUAUAUGCAGUGUGGAAUAUCUUUGCAACUACACCAAGCAAAGCCAGUAUGAUUGUGUAAGUGACAAAGUUCACCAAUUUUCUGAAGAAAGAUUUCGAUUUAGCUUUCUUGGUAUUAUUCAUUUUAGCUUGAGCACGUGGGUUUGUACCUCUCUUGGUUAAUUCGUUUGUAUUCACCGAUAUAAUGUCAUGAUUGUCAGAAAUUUCACCUGUGAUUGAACUGAAACCAAGGUAUGGAUGGAGAGGUAAUUCAAUAUCCUCAACAGUGAAACAUUCUUCCCAUUCACCCCAUUUCUUUGUUUGUAACUCUAACUUGAUAUAAUUACCUUUGAGGUAGCUAAAUCUUGCUUUUGGUGUAAUUUCCGUUCUACGGAACUUGAUAGAGCAACCGUCAAGGCUUUGCUCGUCGCCAUCUUUGUUGUUAUCGUAGAGGGUCUCACCAUCACCUAACAUGGCUGAUAUUCUAGGGAAGGGGUAUGAAUGACGGCUAUUAGCGUAAGUGUCGAAGAAAACACCGAGACCCUUGAAGUUAUUGACGCUGCCAAAAACUUCACCUUCUUUAUUCCUUCCCUGAGUAAGCCACAUUGCGAAUCCGUCACCAUACAAGUGAUUAUUCUUGCCGCCAACUUUAAACUCGAACUCGAUUUGAUAGCUUGAGACGGUAAGAGGAAGACGUGACCAUAACCAACCUCUCUCAGAUUGUUUAUCUUGUGUUAACCGUAUGUGGUUAUUAGCGUCUAUUAUGGUAGAACCACCGAAAUCCCACCAACGGUUG